AUGAUAUACCUAAUAAAAUUUUGUAGUCAUUUCACUAAAGAUGAGAAAGGUCGUCCAGCACUCAAGCCCCAGAAAUCAUCAUUAUUGUCUCUCGCCAUGUCUGAAGCCGUUGCUAAAGCUGCGGAAGCCGUGAAGGAGUCCGUUGAAAAAGUGACCGAGCAGGUCAAGGACCUGACCACUCAGGAGCCAUCCGAGCCCGUGAUUUUGGGCGAGGAUGGGCAACCUCUUUCCAAGAAAGCCUUGAAGAAGCUGCAGAAGGAGCAGGAGAAGCAGAGAAAGAAGGAGGAGAAGGCCCGCCAAUUGGCCGAGGAAAAGGCCCAGCGUGAACGCGAGGCCGCUGCCAACGAUACCGCCAAGGAGAACUACGGAAAGCUACCUUUGAUUCAGUCCGCCAGCAAGACCGGCGUUCCUAGAACCAAGCUCGAGGACCUUUCCGAGGCUGACGACGGCAAGGAGGUUUUGAUCAGAGCCCGUGUCCACAACUCCAGACAGCAGGGUGCUACCCUGGUUUUCCUGACCUUGAGACAGCAGGCUCAAUUGAUCCAGGCGCUUGCCAAGUCCAAUGCUGAGGGAACUAUAUCCAAGCAAAUGGUCAAGUGGAUUGGCUCCGUCAACCCUGAGAGUAUCGUUCUCGUCAAGGGUGUCGUGAAGAAGGUCGAAGAGCCCAUCAAGUCCGCCACCGUGCAGAACUUGGAGAUCCACAUCACCCAAAUUCACACCAUCUCCGAGGCCCCUCAACAGCUGCCUAUUUUGAUCGAGGACGCUUCGCGUUCAGACGCGGAGGCGGAGACGGCCGGCUUGCCAGUUGUGAACUUGGACACUAGAUUGGAUGCCCGUGUCAUUGACUUGAGAACCGCCACCAACCAAGCCAUCUUUAGAAUUCAGUCCGGAGUCUGUGAACUGUUCAGAGAGUUUUUGGCCAAGAGAAAGUUCGUCGAGAUCCACACACCAAAGCUGUUAGGUGCCCCUUCGGAGGGUGGUGCCAACGUCUUUGAGGUUACUUACUUCAAGGGUAAGUCUUACCUGGCGCAGUCUCCUCAGUUCUACAAGCAAGAGCUGAUCGCCGCAGACUUUGAACGUGUUUUCGAAGUCGCUCCAGUCUUCAGAGCCGAGAACUCUAACACUCACCGUCACAUGACCGAGUUCAUUGGUUUGGACUUGGAGAUGGCAUUCGAGGAACACUACGACGAGGUCAUUGAUGUCUUGAGUGAGCUUUUCGUCUUCAUUUUUUCUGAGUUGAAGACUCGCUACGCAAAGGAAAUUGCCUUGGUCCGCAAGCAAUACCCCGUGGAGGAGUUCAAGCUGCCUAAGGACGGCAAGAUGGUCCGCCUUGCCUACAAGGACGGUAUCGCUAUGUUGAAAGCUGCUGGUAAAGAGGUUGGUGAACUUGAAGAUCUGUCUACCGAGAACGAGAAGUUCUUGGGUGCUCUGGUGAGGGAGAAGUACGACACUGACUUCUACAUUUUGGACAAGUUCCCACUCGAGGUUCGUCCAUUCUACACCAUGCCUGACCCUGUUGACCCUCGCUACUCCAACUCUUACGACUUCUUCAUGAGAGGUGAGGAAAUCUUGUCCGGUGCUCAACGUAUCCACGACGCCAAUUUCCUGAAGGAGAGAAUGAGCCACCACGGUCUCUCUCCAGAAGACCCAGGUCUCAAGGACUACGUUGACUCAUUCACCUACGGCUGUCCACCACAUGCGGGUGGUGGUAUUGGUCUAGAAAGAGUCGUUAUGUUCUUCUUGGACCUGAAAAACAUCAGAAGAGCCUCGCUGUUCCCAAGAGACCCUAAGAGACUGAGACCAUGA